CUUCCCCCCUUCAACUCCUGUAAACCCUGCAGCCAAUGAGCAGCUCUCAGCCUGUGAUGUUAGGAUUCAUGCCAGCAAAGUUUGGUGCCGACAGGGAAAACACGUUAAACGCAGAGUGGAGUCGGGACAGCGGGGUCUGGACGCGCUCUCGACACUGCACUCCGGUGAAUGACACUAAUCUGCACUGCUGUCUACAUGGAAUGAUGGCCGAUGUUCAGUUUGUUACAGGAUCUCAUGUCUCCAAGACAGCUCUGACUCUGGGACGAGGUUCCCCCAGCAAAGAGCCCCCCGUUUUUACCCUCCCGCCCCGCAAUACCCGUGUCUGCCAAGGGGGAACUGCGCGCCUUGAGGGGAAGGUACGUGGUUUCCCAGAGCCUCAGGUAUGCUGGUUUAGGAAUGGCAAGCUACUGAUAGCAGGAGAUCAUUAUUCUAUGGAACAGAGUGUCCGUGGAACAUUUAGUCUGGUGGUCCAGGAGGUAGAGGAUGCCGAUGGAGGACGUUACACCUGUGAAGCUGUUAACGAUGCUGGGAGCUGCCAGGUUACUGUGGAGAUCAUUGUGGAAGGAAACACAGGAAAGAAAUACAGUCUUCCUUCCACAAACAGAACAGGCAGAUCUAUGGGAGCUCCCGCAGUAGAAAACAGAGCCAGUAUCUGGGGUGAAAGCCCCCCAAAGUUUGUGGCUAAACCUUCUCGCCUGUAUCUCAAAGUGGGACAAACUGGCAAAUUUUCGGCCAAGAUCACAGGACGACCCCAGCCACUGGUGCAGUGGUACAAGGGAGAAGAGAUGAUCCAGCAAUCAGAUCACUAUAACAUGUUUGAGAGGUCAGGAAUGCAUUUCCUGGAGAUCCGCAAUGUGUUCUCUGAGGAUGCUGGCAUGUACACCUGUCUGGUGGCCAACAGUGCUGGAAAAGCCUCUGCAGCCGCUGAACUCAUUAUGCAAGAUGGAGACACCGAGACAGUCAUCAUGGCCAAACCAUCUCACAAUCCCUCCAAGUCAUUCAUGCUCAAAGACACUUCCAACACUCUUGCCAACGAACAGAAAACUUCCAGCACAUCCAUCGAAACCAUAAUCACAGAAACACCCACACCGCUGUCCACUACUACUGUUCCCACUGUCCCAUCCAUGAACAGAGGAGAAACAACAAUAGUAACAUCAUCACUUCACUCACAACCUAUCAGCAGGUCCACAGAUGGAAGAUCAGCAACUGGCCAAAAUACUUCAAACUUAGUCAAUCUAAGAAGUCAAAACAGUGUUAAGAAUGAGACGCAUGGCACAAAGAGAGUUUUGGGUAUGUUCAGAGCUCCGGGACAGAUGCCACAAUCAUCACAGAUAGAAUCCAGCACUCGCCAACAAACCAAAGAAACCAGAAUGGAUGUGCUAGAAACUCCACCCAGUUUUGACUCGCAGCCCCAGAGCCAAGAGGUCCUGCAGGGUGAAAAGGUCACUUUCAAAUGCCAAGUGUCCGGGUCUCCAGUGCCUGCAGUGAGCUGGCUGAAAGAUGGAGCUCCUCUCAGACAGAGAUCAGAUGUCAGCACUCGACAGGAGGCCGGCCUGCAUGUUCUGUGUCUGGACAAUGCUCACAUAACUGACACGGGACAGUAUGGCUGCACUGCUGCCAACAGAAGAGGAAACACCGCGGCCCACUGGAGUCUGACCGUCAAGCGUGUGCGAGUGGAUGCGAAGCCCCCAGUGUUCAGCUCUGCUCUGAAGGAUUGUUCGGUGUGUGAAGGACAGGAAUUUACCCUGCAGUGUUCAGUGGAGGGCAAACCACAGCCUGAGCUCUCCUGGCUGCACAACGAUAAGCCCAUUCCAUUCUCCCAUACCAUGUUUGACAACAGUAAAGCUCAGCUGAGAGUUCAGGCGGCUGUAUUGGAGGAUGCAGGCGUUUAUUCGUGUGUAGCAGUGAAUGAGCAUGGCAGAGCGGUGUGUACAGCCCAUGUGCUGGUUAAAGCAAGGCCAAGGGUGAAAAGGUCUGCUGCUCCUCCUGUUACUGAUCUGAGGAGAACAUCUGCUCCGCUGUUCCUCAAAGGUCUACAGGACCUCAGGGUGAUGGACGGCAGUCAGGUCAUCAUGACCGUGGAAGUGACAGGAAACCCUGCACCUGAGGUGGUCUGGCUGCAUAAUGGAAAAGAGAUCCAGGAGUCAGAGGACUUUCACUUUGAAAAGAAGGGCGGUCAGUAUACACUCUUCAUACAGGAGGUGUUUCCUGAGGACACGGGGACAUACACUUGUGAGGUGUGGAAUGAAGCCGGCAACGCUCGAACUCAAGCUUCACUCACUGUACAAGAGCCUCAAGAUGGUGUUCAGCCCUGGUUCAUUACUAAAACCAAGUCCUCCACCGCCUCUCUGGGUCAACAUGCUCUGCUCUCUUGCGCCAUUGCUGGUGACCCCUUCCCAGAAUUCCUCUGGAUGAAGGAUGGACAGGUAAUAUCUGGUGAUGGGGACUUUGAGAUCCUACAGAAGGAAGAUGUUGUCUCGCUGCUUAUCAGGAAAGUGGCGAUGCAUCACGCUGGAAACUACGAGAUUCAUCUUAAAAAUAAAGUAGGAGAGUGCCGGUCAGUGGCCACUCUGCAUGUCAGCGAGGAUCCCAUGCUGUCUGCUGAUGAUGCUAACAAACGCCGAGGGGUGGAGAAGACUGCGCUAGGCAGGGGAGGACAGCCAAAGACUCCCAGCCCUGCAGCAUCGUUGCACUCUGAGGAACAUAGCAGUGGGACAGAUCAGCAAGAAGAGGAGGGGGGCUCCACGCGUGGGCUUCUCAAACGGCGUGUAGAAACGAAGGAGCAUCGGGAAGAUCAGAUCCGACAGCAGGAGGCCGAACAGAUCGACUUCAGAACCGUGCUCGGCCGCAAGGUCACCACUAAGAGCGUCUCAGAGGAAGAUCUGAAGGAGAUCACGGCUGAGCAGAUGGACUUCAGAGGGAACCUCCAACGGCAGAUCAAGCCCAAGACUCAGACAGAAGAGCAACGCAAAGUCAACACUCCGCAGCAGGUGGACUUCAGAGCGGUGCUAGGGAAAAAAGCAAGCCAAGGCCCAAAACCUGCUCCUGGAUCCUUGAAAACGCAACCUAGCAAAAACGAAGCCGUUGACUUCAGAUCUGUUUUAGGCAAUAAGAAAAAGCCACCAACCCAGGAUAGGAAUGGAGAAAGCCAAGGCGACCCCAGAGGAAAGGAAAAUGACGUGAAUUGUGUGGAUGGAGAGAUAAAGGAGACCACGAAGGCAGCUGGGAAGAAGGAGCCUGUUUUUGUAGAGAAACUGAGUGAUGUGACUGUGCUGGACGGAGAGCGUUUGCAUCUACAGUGCCAGCUGUCAUCUGAGUCUCCUGCUAAAGUGACAUGGAUGCUUGAUGGAAAAGUCAUCAGACCCUCCAAAUUCAUCAUUAUCACUAAUGAGGGUGAUCGGUACUCUUUAUCUAUUGAUAAAGCUCUGCCUGAGGAUGAAGGGCAGUACGUGUGCAGGGCAGAGACCGAUGAGGGCAAGACUGAGUGUUCCUGUGUGGUCCUAGUGAACGAUCCCAGCGUCUCCACACCAGAUGAUAAGCGGAGCAGGAAGCCUUCUACCCCGACCACAGAGAAUGAGGCCAAAAUAAAGAAACCCCCACCCAAAACACUGCCUAAACAAGGUGCUCCGCCUCAAAUCCAGCAGUUUCCUGAUGAUAUGAAGAUCAUGGCAGGUCAGGAGGUGAUUCUGCAGUGUAAGUUCACUGGAGCACUCCCCAUCAGCUGCACCUGGCUCAAGUUCCGCAAACCAAUUCAGGAAGGUCAGGGCAUCUCAAUAGUCAGCACAGACAGUAGCAGUCAGCUGACCAUCACAGAAGGACAGCAGGAGCACUGUGGCUGCUAUACCAUAGAGAUCAAGAACAGCUUUGGUGUGAGACAGGCUGCCCUCAACCUCACUAUAGUCGAUAAGCCUGACCCCCCUGCCCGUGUCCCAGCAGCCUCAGAUAUCCGUAAGUCCAGCCUCACGCUGUCCUGGUAUGGGCCAACAUACGACGGUGGCAGCGCUGUCCAAUCCUACAACCUGGAGGCUUGGAACUCUCUGGACAUGAAGUGGACGGACGUGGCAUCCUGUAACAGCACAUCUUAUAACGUGCAGGACCUUCUUCCAGACAGACAGUACAAGUUUCGAGUGAGAGCUGUAAAUAUUUAUGGCGUCGGGGAGCCCAGUGCCGAGUCUGAGCCCGUGCAGGUGGGGCUGGAGGCAGAGGGGGAAAAUAAGGAGGAUGAAGUCGAGCCCUCGGAUGAUGAGUCAGAGAAAGUACCAGACUACAGAAAUGUGACGAUCAAAACAGACGUAAAAGUAAAAGAUUUUUAUGAUGUAGAAGACCGACUGGGCACAGGGAAAUUUGGGACCGUUUUCAAACUGAUCGAGAAGUCCACUAAAAAGGUUUGGGCUGGGAAAUUCAUAAAAGCAUAUUCUGCCAAAGAAAAAGAAAACGUCAGGCAGGAAAUUGCAAUCAUGAAUGACCUGCAUCAUCCAAAGCUGGUGCAGUGCAUCGAUGCUUUUGAGGGAAAGACCGACAUCGUAAUGGUGCUGGAAAUGAUCUCUGGAGGGGAACUGUUUGACCGGAUCAUAGAUGAGGACUUUGAGCUGACGGAGAGAGAGGUGAUCAAAUAUAUGCUUCAGAUUGUGGACGGGGUCAAUUUCAUCCAUAAGAAAGGCAUCGUCCACCUGGACCUCAAACCUGAGAACAUCAUGUGUGUUAAUAAGACGGGCAGCAAAAUCAAACUCAUCGACUUUGGACUGGCACGCAGACUUGAGAAUGCUGGAUCUCUCAAAGUCCUGUUUGGAACCCCUGAGUUUGUGGCUCCAGAGGUGAUCAAUUAUGAGGCCAUCAGUUAUGCGACAGACAUGUGGAGUAUAGGAGUGAUCUGCUACAUCCUUGUCAGUGGUUUGUCUCCGUUCAUGGGGGACAAUGAUAACGAGACGCUGUCAAAUGUGACCUCAGCGACGUGGGACUUUGAAGACGAGGCAUUUGAUGAGAUCUCAGAAGAGGCCAAAGACUUUAUCAGUAAUCUGCUAAAGAAAGACAUGAAAGCUCGCCUGACCUGUGACCAGUGUUUCCAGCAUCCAUGGCUUAAACAAGACACCACCAACAUGGAGGCCAAGAAACUUUCCAAAGAGAGGAUGAAGAAGUAUAUUCUGAGAAGAAAGUGGCAGAAAACAGGGCAUGCGGUACGAGCUAUUGGUCGACUGUCUAACAUGGCAUUGAUGGCAGGUGUUCAUGCCAAAAAAAGUUCCCCCACAGAAGCAGAUGCUAAACAGUUUGCUGCUGAAUUGGAGGCAAAAACUUUGAUGAAGCCCACGUUCAGCUCUGUUAUCAAAGAUGUGGAGGUGGUGGAGGGAAGCGCUGCUCGAUUUGACUGCAAAAUUGAAGGUUAUCCUGACCCAGAGGUGGUGUGGUAUAAGGACGAUCAGCCCAUUAAAGAGACGCGCCAUUUUCAGAUAGAUUAUGACGAGGACGGAAACUGUAGUCUGGUCAUUUCUGAGGUCAACGGCGAUGAUGACGCAAAAUAUACCUGCAAGGCCAUGAACAGCCUCGGGGAGACCACCUGCACCGCUGAACUCAUCGUAGAGGUGAUGGGAGAAGAAGAAGAGGAGGAAGAGUAGCCUGGCAUGUUUCUCUCUUUCACUUGGUGCUUUUAUUUUCACUUCUUCUGGACUUCCAAAUGAUGACGAGGAUGAUGAAGACCUCAGAUCAGCUUCUUUUAUUGCACUUCUGAUUCAUUCUUUUUGUAUUUAUGCAUCAGCCAAAGUCCGAUUGAUCACAUCUUUAAUAUCACUUACCCUCCGUUGUCUCAUUUUACGAAAGAAGGUUUUUCCACGGUAAACUCAUUCAUGUGUGACCCGCUCCAGACUGUGUGUUUGAAUUACCUGCACUUCCUGUCUGUUUGGACGGCUUUAUUGAACACUGUAAAACCCAUGUUAGGUCGCGUUUUUGGUUUGGAGACAUUUUCCACUUUUUCACCCUCCGUCACUGUAGCAGAAUUUUAUUACCAAAGUCUGUAGAUCAUAUCUCUUUCAUAUUUCCCCAUAUUUACAUGUUUGACGGUGCGGUUUGUGUUGGUAUGAGAACACUACAAUUGUUAUUCACUUUUUAAAGAAUAAAUUUUGAUCACAUA